AUGAUGAACCAUCCAAAGCUUCUCCCUAGUCAGGAGCUGGUGCUUCACCAGGUUAGCGUUGACAGCUUCUCGCCCGCCACAGGAUCGGUGUUGAAGUUCCCGGUAUCAUCGUUGCUACCGCGCUCCCCAUUCUCAAAUCUGCUCACAGGCCAAGGGUCCGCGUCAGCCGUGCCAUGCUCACCUCUGAGCGACUCGAGCACCAUCGCGGCGCCAUCCAUCGUGCGUCCUCGAAUACGCCACCGUGAUGAAUGGGGGCCGUCGCUGGUCGACGUAGGGACAUUCGUGCUCGGCCCCAACAGCCUCCACACUUCGAGCUUCGACCGUCGGGAUCCGGUGUCAGUCCGGUACAUUGCAGACAAGUUUGAUCGUGCGUGGUUGUCCCGGCGCCCGGUGCUGGCCAUUCGAAGAGACGACGGCGUUGUGUCUCUUGUGCGGGGCAAAACUGGUGGCGCUGGCAGUUCCAUGCCAAUGCUGACGAACCUGAGCGUGUCUGUGCUGGAGGACACCUUCACCGCACUGGAGUUGGCCGCCCACGGACACCCCGAGGUCCCGCUGGAGCGCCUUCUGCUUUACGCGCGUCCUUUUUUAGGCGAACAUAAUGCAUGCGAGGAGGUACUGGAGGAGUUGCACACCUACUGGCUACUACGUCGCAGCGGAACAGGAGGGCUGCUACCAGGCAUUCCCAACCUACGUGUCACUGUGCGCGAAGACAACGAGCUGGCACUGUGCCACCCUUCAGUACUGCAGGACUGCCCUUUGCCGUUUAAGCAGCGGGACUGGUAUGUCCCUGUGGUGGAGCGUCGCCGACCCUCUCCCGUCGAUGAAGCCUCUUCCCUCAAGUGUCCUCGGACAGAGGCAUCGCCAGGAGACGCAAGAGCCAGCUCGCUUCUUGCGCAGCUCCAGGCUUGUGAAAUGUACACGGAGAAGGCGGUGCGCUUAAGUCAGGCGAUGCUUCGUCGUGAGGAAACACGUCAGGAGCACAUGCAGCUGACCCUUUAUGAGCUAGCAUCGCUGCGCAGCAUCGUCGAGGAGAAGCAAGACGACAAGGACGCGCUAGAAGUGACCUUGUCGGUAUUGGCACUCUCGCGCUGCCUCACGGCGCUGUUGCCACCCGCCGAGAGUGACACUGAGCAUAACCCACAGGUGCAGUAG